UGGGCGUGGUGAAAAAUUUUAUUAAAAGCUUAAAUACACAAGGAUAUGCUUUCGAACGCAUUCAAACAAUUUUCCCCAGAUUAUCUGCAGAAAAAUUAAAAGAAGGAAUGCUCGUUGGACCCGAUAUAAGAAAAUUAUUACAAGAUGAAGAAUUUUAUGGUCAUCUGUCGGAUAUGCAAAAGACAGCAUUUGACUUUAUGCAGCUGGUUAUAUCAGAAUUCCUUGGAAACUCAAAAGCGCAAAACUAUGCAGAAAAUAUUGAAUGCAUGCUAAUCGGUUUUAACAAUAUUGAAAAAAUUGGAGCGGUUUCAGAUGAACACGGUGAAAGGUUUCAUCAGGAUAUAAAGGUAUUGGAAGAAAGAUUCAAAGGGAAAUCCCAAAGUGUAUUGCUUCCUGAAUACGUAUGGGGAUUGUACAGAAACCUUGACACAUCGAAACAUUCACGUCAAGCUAAAUGCAGGAAAGCAUAUUAA